AUGUCUUCUAUUAAUCAAAGAAUAUUCAGAAGGCGCCAUCGUACCACUUUCACCCAGGAACAGUUGGCCGAACUCGAUUCAGCAUUCCAGAAAAGCCAUUAUCCCGACAUCUAUGUACGUGAAGAAUUGGCCCGAAUCACAAAACUCAAUGAAGCAAGGAUACAGGUUCGUUGUUCUUGCUCGAUUCGUCAUGUCUUAGCCCUUUGGAUCGAUUGCAACGGUUCUAAGACGAUCAGGCACGCAUCGUCGCCUUUUGUGUAG